GCAUGAGGGUGAUACAAUACCGAUGAUGUGACCAAAUUUCAAGGUUAGGACCAUGAUUUUGCCCUCUCCAGAGUACGAUUGAUGCCUCCCGUGAGCCGGCGCCGGCCGGUCCGAUCGAGCAACAAAGUUCCGCCACCGGCGCCGAUGCGGGGUCCAAAAACCCGACCCCGCGCUCGCCUCCGUUCUUAUCACUGCACCUCAACCCCGCCCAAAACCAAUCUCGAUCCCAUCCUCACUUCCAUCUUCAAAUAGCUCAGCAAUCGCGCAAUCCGCCCUUAUUCUGGGACGCCAUCCCAGCCAAUCCAUUCUGCACAUCUCCCUGCGCCUGGUCACAAAGAAAAAGGAAACAACAGAAUGGCCACCUCCAACCCCCAACAACGGCCGACCCCAGCAGCAACAUCAACAGGACCAGACCCAGACCCCUUUGACAGCCUGCUCACGCUCGAAGACGAUUUCUACACACAAGGCUACGAACAGGGCCACGCCGACGGGCUCGUGGCCGGGCGCAGCGAGGGGCGACAGCUCGGGCUGGAGCGGGGGUUCCAGAAGUUUGUCGAGAGCGGGCGGCUGCAGGGGCGGGCCAUAGUGUGGGCCAACCGGCUGAGGCUGGGUAUGGGUAGCAACAAACCUGCUGCUGCCGCCGCUGUAAAUACCGCUAAGUCGGAUUCCGAAGGCGGUGGUGGUAGGAGUAGUGACUGCGGGAGCGGGAGUGAUGGGGUUGGGAAAAGGGGUCUCCCGCCGCUGCCGUACAACGCCCGGCUGGAAAAACAUGUUGCUGCGCUGUACGCGCUGGCCGAGACGGAGAGCCUGUCGACUGAGAACACGGACGAGGCGGUCAAUGACUUUGAUGACAGGUUACGCAGGGCGCUGGGGAGGGCCAAGAUUAUUGAGCGGAUGCUGGGGGAAUGGCAGAGGGGAGAGGGGGAUGCGAAUGGGAAUGGGGAUGGGCCCCAUACCGCUGAUCACGAUCCUGAUCCUGGGGCGCAACUGAAGGCAGGGGUGGCGGGAGUAUGACGGCGCGGGCGUUUGAUGAAGGGAGUUUUGUAUACUGGAUAUAGCUGUAACGGCUGGGUUGGAGAUUCAGGCGAACUUCUUCCGGUUGUUGAGCGGAAGAGACAAAGGCAUGAAUCGACACCAAGAAAACUUGUCAAAGCUUGUAAUGAAUGCACACUUCUAUGCAUCCGUCUUCUUGCCCGCUAUAUGUACACCGUCCCGUUGCCCCCAUCUCUCUGCGCCCCCCGGCCUCUCAUGAGAAGGACCUACACGGGUAGCUGCAAUUCUCAUUAGCAU